CUCACCCUAAGACCCGUUGUUGUGUGACUGUGAAAAGGGAUAACCUCCGCUUCACAGUAGACCACUUGGGCUGAGCGGUCUGUGCACCAGCUGCAAAAAAAACCUAUCCAGCUAUUUCACUCAGGUGUCACGAAGAAAUGGGUAACUCAACAGGAAGCACCGUGGACGACCUGCAGGCGGUGGAGAUGCACCUCUGGUACAAGAAGUUCAUGACCGAGUGCCCCUCGGGUCAGCUCACCCUGCACGAGUUCAAGCAGUUCUUCGGGCUGCGAGGGCUGGACCCGGAGGCCAACGCCUACAUAGAGCAGAUGUUCCGCACCUUUGACAUGAACAAGGACGGCUACAUCGACUUCUUGGAGUAUGUGGCGGCUCUCAGCCUGGUGAUGCGGGGAAAGAUGGAGCACAAGCUGCGCUGGUAUUUCAAACUUUAUGAUGUAGACGGCAACGGCUGCAUCGACCGACACGAGCUCCUCAACAUCAUAAAGGCCAUCCGUGCGAUCAAUGGGAAUGAAAGUCAGGAAACAUCCGCUGAGGAUUUCACUAACCACGUGUUUGACAGGAUUGACAUAAAUGGAGACGGCGAGCUCUCCUUGGAUGAGUUUGUGGCCGGUGCGCGCAGUGAUGAAGACUUCAUGGAGGUGAUGAUAAAGAGUCUGGACCUCACCCACAUCGUGACGAUGAUCCACAACAGGAGGCGCAGCGUUUAGUCACUACCUCAUCCUCCUUCAUGGUUUAACCCGAAGGCCUCAGUGCAUCGUGGCCUCUGGUGAAGAGGUCAUUUAUAGACUGAGAUUUCUAUUAAGAUCGACUAUAAUUCCAGUGUGCUGCAGACACCGACAUGUCCUAUGUCUCAUCUCUAAUACAGGGACACGUGUGCACUUUAAAUGCAGCCAACGUUUGCAAACUGGUCUUGUUAAUCGAUGCUGAGCUCUUCCCAGGCCACCAUGGCGCGAGCGAUGAUCCCUCAUCGGUCCACGAGGGAUAAAAGAGGGAGAUAAUGGAGCUGAGUGGAUAUUAUAUGCACUCAAUGCUUUCCAAAUCUUUUCUUUUUUUUCAGCGUCUGAGCCCCUCUGCAUCAAAAAUACUUAAAUCUCUUUUUACCCGUUCUUGUCUGACUCUGAAGUGUGCUUAACAUCUUUAUGCUAAUUUGAUUAAGUCAAAGGCUGUAAAAUACAGGAACAGGUAAAAGUGUUUCACUAGUGCGCCGAUUCUCAAAUGUUUACCGUUAAAAUAAAAAUGUUUUUAACCUUUUUUUUAAGUUUUAAAUAACUUUUUUUUUUUUUUUUUUGUGCGUUUGAUUGACUGAAUGUUUUGCUGCUCUAAAUAUAGAUUUAGAUUACUUUUGUUAUGUUUGUUCAUGUUAUGUGUUAAAAGGGAAACAAACUUAACAAAGGCUUUUAACAACAAAAAACAAAUAUAAAGCGAAAUUGCCAAUAUGGCAUUUAUUUUAUACAAAUGCAAAUAUCUAACAUGGACAGUGAUAAGAGACAAGAACAAAGAAGCUCAUUUAUCAGCCACAAGGGGGCAGCGACAUAAUUGGAUUAACAUUCCUGUAGCUAUUUCCCAACAAUAGUCUGAGCUCUUCAUUUUGCACGUCUAUAAAUGUAUAAAUCCCUCUUUUGUCUUGACGUCACUGGGUGUCUUCUCUCCUGUAUUCUCAGCAGGUUCACAGGAAGUCAUAAAGGUAAUUGACAAUUUCAAAAUUCACCGUCCUGGAAGAUAAAACACACAAAACACGUCCUAUUUACUUGAAUUAUUCUGCUUUCAGUCUCAGUCUUGUGUAUUAACAUGCACACACACGCACACACACACCUGGAGAUGGCGCAGAUGAAGUCCAUGGAAACGGCACAUUUGUACUUUGGGGCAUCGAGCUGGUCGUCGUGACUGACCUGAGUCAACAGCUGUAAGGUCACCAGAGAGGAUAUCUAAAUGGAGAAUGGAGGGGAAACAUGAAAUGACUCUCUGCUUCACUUCUUUCAGCACGGCUUCUCCUCACUAAAUGAUCGAGAUACGGGUUGAGCCUAAUUUCCUAAAACCAUUUCAUGCUCAUGGCCCAUAAAUAGAUCGGCAUUUGGCCGCGGAUCCCGAAACUCAUGACCAUAUGGGUAGAAAACUCAUCUGAGACGCCGUGGUCAUUAGGCUUGAUUUAACAUGAAAGAAUGUGUUAUUUGCACCUAGAAAUGAGAAAAAAACGAAUUUAAAAUCCUCUGAUUAUUAUACUGUUCAUGCACAUGGGGGGAAAAAGCGUGAAAUUAAAUAAUUUUCUUUAUAGACCCAUGAGACUUCCUACAGCUAACCUCGGGAGUCACAAUCAUGGAGAAAGAUUACAAGCACUGCAGGACUAAAUAAAGGGCUAAAUUAAACCACUAUAGAGCUCAGUUUAACGAGAAGCAUGUCUACAGACAGUUAAGGAGGUUCAUUUAACUACUAUAUUUUUUUUAUGGGUACUUUUAGUGUUCUGCUGACAGACACAUCUUUAUUUGACGAAAAAGUUCUGUCAAAGGAAUCUGAAGAGCUUCUUUUUUGCGAGUUAACUGUAUCUGUGCACCGCUAUCUGAAUGUUUAGUGAAAUAGGGAACAACAUUAUGUAAAUGUGAAGGGACUGAAUGUGACCGAAGCAGCCAACCGACCAACUGACCUGGGAGAAGAUGCUGGCAGUGGGGGCGACUCUGCUGUCCACCACGCUGUAGAAAAUGGCGAGCAGGCGGUCCAGAGGGAACGGCUUUGGCCCCAGAAGAUGGUUACUUGUCUAGGAAAUACAUUGAGAGAAUAUGUUAUAUUAACAGGCUGAAUCUGAGACUUGAGAUUAAAUGUGACCAGUUAAGAUGAUUACCUUUUCAUUUUUCUUUAAGAAAUUUGUUUUUUUUAUUUUACCGUGGUGCUGUUGGGAGGAAACAGAGGGACACAAACAAAAACACUUAUUUGUAUGAAUCAUAAAAUACCAAAUUGCCUUAAAGUGCUUCACAAUCUGUACAACAUGCAACAUUCUCUAUCCUUAGAUUGAGAUGUGGUGUAAAAUCCUAUAAGAUAAAAUGAUUUUACCUUUAGAAAGAAGCGCUUAUCCGUGCGGGCCGGGUUGUAGGAUGCCAGGUAGGCAGCAAUCAACAGGAACUUGGAGUAAUAAGGCAGCUCAACAUGAGUGUGAGCAGAUAAACCUGAGGGGAAAUAAAUGCAAUGAGUCUGGAAAACUAAACAUACUUUCAAACAGUACAUCAGAUGUUCAGUGCAACCUAAGAUCUGGAUUGUUUUCAGCGUGAUGCAUUGAUGUGCUGUUAAGAAAAUACAUUUUUUUCGCAUGAAUCCAGGGUGUCACUGCACCCCAUCAACGCUUUUCCAGUUUAACAUCUGCUCUGCAGUCGCGUGACGUCAUUAAGUGCAACAGUGCUCAGUGUGUGUUGGUACCUCUCAUGGCUCCGUUCUCCUUCUCCUCCAUUUGCUGCAUCUGCUCCCACUGAAGGCUGAACACAGAGAAAAAGACAUAAUGACGAAAAUGAACCACAGCAUCGGUUCACCG